GCAUGUUUGGGUUUUAUCGACAUUAAUAAUUUUUAAAAACAUUUCAACAUGCAGUUUUUCCAGAUUAUUUUUUUUGCAUGCAUGGUUUUUGUGGGAGUAAUAGCCAAACCUGGAGACCACCAUGAACAUGUGAGAAUCCACGUGCCAUAUAAGAUACAUACCGUGCAUCAUCAUCAUGUAAAAAAGGUCCACAUUCCAGUGACUAAAAUAGAAAAGGUACAAGUACCGGUGCCAGUUCAUCAUGUGAAAAAAAUCGAAGUUCCUGUACCUUAUCCUGUCGUUGAGAAAGUCGUGGAAAAGGUGCAUGUCCCAAUACAUGUUCCUGUGCAUAUACCCGUUCAUCAUCAUCACGAAUCUCUACCCGUUCAUCAUCAUCAUGAGUCUCACCACCACCAGGGUUGGUCUUAA